AUGUCCCAAUUUGCAGUCACCUUCUUGCUUGCAACUGUGCUUCUGCAAACUUCGAUUUCGGCUGCAAGCCAGUCGAUGGAACAUUGUUGCGCGGCAUUAUCCGCUUCAAUUGGAUUGAACAAAGUACUUUUCCCCAAUACCACGCUUUACGAUGAGUCUGCAACAUCCUAUUUUGCUCAGCAGGAAGGAGAGCUGUCUCCUUACUGCUACGUCAAACCCACAAGCAGCUCAGACGUAUCAAUCAUAGCCAAGACUCUCUUCCAAUUGAACAGUGACCCCAUUCCGGUGUGUCCGUUUGCCGUCAGGGGUGGCGGUCAUCACACCGUGAUUGGGAUUGCCAACAUCCACGACGGCAUUACCAUUGACCUCGGGAACAUCAACCAAACAAUUCUCAACAGCGACAAAACCAUUGCCAGUGUGGGAUCUGGUGCUCGCUGGGGCUCAGUAUAUUCGACUUUGGUCCCGGAAGGACUAGCUGUCUUAGGUGGUCGAGAAUCGGGUAUUGGAGUGGCAGGCUUCACUACUGGCGGUGGUAUAUCGUACUUCGGGGCCAGAUACGGCUUUGGAUGUGACCUAGUCUCGAAUUUCGAAAUCGUCCUCGCAAACGGUUCAAUCAGCAACGCCAACGCACGAGACAACCCCGAUCUCUUUACCGCUCUCAAAGGCGGCUCGAAUAACUUCGGAAUCGUAACUCGCUUCGACCUUAAAACCUUCGAAUUGGGCCAAUACUUUGGCGGCAGCAUCUACUACCUCGGAAGCGAAUCGCCGCAAUUGAUAGAUGCCUUUGCUGCAUUUACCUCCAACCUGAACUUCGAUGAUAGAGCUGGUCUGUUGCUCUCCAUCAUCUACACUGCUUCGGAGGGCUUUAUCACUGCAUGCACUUUCUCGUAUACAGAAGCCAUUGAAAAUCCCCCAUUGUUCGUCAAUUUUACUUCGGCAAUCCCGUCCUUGCUUUCCGAGACAUCGGUUUCCAAUCUGUCGUAUUUUGCAGAUGAGUUGGGAGGAGCGAAUACUCCUGACAACCUCCGCCAAACAUCUAUAACCGCAACUGUAAAGCCUGUCGUGUCCCUUUUGCAACAAAUAUAUCUCCUUUGGAAUACUACUGUCCCGCUUAUAAGUUCGGCUGAGAACCUGAUCUGUUCGUUGACCUUGCAGCCGCUACCUGUCAGUUUCCUAAACGCAGGUCCUCUCCACGGAGGGAAUGUCCUCGGUUUGAGCUCUUCCGGGGGGCCUUUGGUAGUUCUCACCCUAACUGUUCAAUACACGUCUAAAUCCUCGGACGAGCUCAUCGCAUGGACAACUAGGGAACUCUUCCGCAAGAUCGAUGCUCUUGCAAAAGAAACAGCGAGUUCGAAUCCCUGGAAGUAUUUGAACUAUGCGGAUGUAACGCAGGAUGUUAUUGGGUCUUAUGGUGCGACCAAUGUGCAGAAGCUGAAAGCUGCGAGUGCGAGCUUCGAUCCGACCGGCUUUUUUCAGAGAGUGCAGCCUGGGGGAUUCAAGGUGCGACGACCCAACUAG